CCCUCUCAAACUAAACCUCAAAUCUUGAAUGUCCGAUGCGUUCCCUCCUAAACAAGCCUAGAGUCACAUAUCUGCCCCCCACAUAACCCCCCUAUCUUCCCUUCAACCCGUAGCCCUUCCUCAGGAAAGCAAAAUGUCGACCGGUAUCCCAUCGAUGACUCCACAUAUAUCAAGCUCGGUUUCCAGGCCGGAAGAUAGGGACAUCAACACUGCAACCGGUGUGGAGCUCACCCCGCGGCAGAGGAUAGCAGUGGGUAGUCUCUUAGAGCUAUUCGCAGGACGACCGAGCUUGAAACACCUCCAGAUCUGGACCGAUGAUGCGAAAUUCAACAACCCCCUAACCAAAGCCCAAGGCCGGCGACAGUACGAAGCGCAAUGGUAUGGUCUCGCGAAAGCAUUCUCAGAAAUCGAACAACUCUCCCACACCGUUACCUCAGCUGGAAAUCCUCUAACUAUGGACCUCUCGACGCGUUAUAAAUUAAAGGGGAUUGGGAAACAGCAGAUUAUUAAUAGUGAAGUGAGGAUUUUCCUGGAUGCUCAGGGACGUAUUAAGGAGGUGCAGGACAGGUGGAAUCAUACGUUACCUGAGGGAAGGGUCGCUACUGCAUUCAGGAAUAUGAACGCGAUGGUCAUACCAGCAAUUGUGAGAGUACCGAAGAAUCUAGCGGAGGAGAGAAAGAUGGGUGGUGGAUGAGGGAUGGCUGUUUCUGUUUCGUAGGAGGAAAGGUGUGCUGGAUAAGGGCUGGGAUGGUUGGCGGUUGGUUAUCCUGGUGUUCAGUUGGGAGAGUAAAUCAAAAGUUUGGUGGAUUUUAUAUAUACCUUAUGCAUGACUAUUAAAUUGGGGUGUUUUAGGUUAGGUAGUACUGAGGAGGACCACCUAUAUAACCCAGAAUCAUCAUUAGUUUCCG